AUGAACGAAAAUAAUUUGGGAGAUUGUAAUGUUUGUGAGAUUGUUUCUUCAUUAGAUUCCAAAGAUUUUGUUGAACCAGAAUCAACAACAGUACCUUUUAAUUUCGUUGAAGAAACUCACGAAGAACGAUACAUUUUUAAUGCGUAUAGAGAUGUUUGUUUAAAACUAAAAGAACACCAAAUAUUGCACACAGUGCAUUAUGUUUCAGCAUUCUCCAGAGGAAUGGGAAAGGAAUUACAAGAUAAAGAUUUCCCCUAUUCUGGAGUUCCUUUUAUUAUAUCUUCACCGUCUACUCUUGACUGUCAACAAGGGAAAGACCGAAAUGUUAAAGUAAAGGCUGAGUACAGAGAGAAAAAAAAUGAUGAAGCGGCAAGAGACCAUUCUUGUAGAAAACAUAAAAAUAUUGUGCAAGUUACAAAGAAAUUCGAUUGCCCUGCAAAGGUUCACAUAAAAGAAAUACUAGAAUUUCCAGAGUUUAAGGUUUAUAGAGAUUCUGAAUGGCUCAGGAAAGACACAUCAAAAAAACUCCGUUUAGCUUUGACUGGAAACAAAAAUAUGAUAGUGUCUAGAAAGUAUGUCUUGAUUAUACCAGAUAUUACUGUGCACAGAAACCAUUUAAUUGGCAAUGCAGCAGGUCUCAUUCAACCUAUUUCAGACAAACUUGUUAUCAAAAUUGGAGAACUAGUUAAAGUUGGAGUAAAUAGUGUAACAGAGAUGAGGCGGCAUCUGGAGAACUUUGUUCACAUAAAUUUUAGUAAUAGUAAUAGUAAUAGUAAUACAAAUUGCUGUAACGACGAUUGUCGCGGAGUAUAA